GAGAAGGGAAGGCAGUUUUCACUUCGCUGAUGGAAGGAUAGAAAGUCAGAUUCGCCAGUGCACAUAGACAGAAAAGUGAAGUGAAUGGGCGUGAUGGUGCUACGGUUUCUUCUCCCGGUGUUUCUACUAGGUUUAGUAGGGGGAGCACCAGAUAAACUGCAUGCUGAGGACGCUGGUCACUCGUCACUUCACACAACAGGUCACAGCUCCAGUGCCAGCACUCCGGGUGGCACCUCCUUCCCUGUGGGUGCUGUGUCACCCCAACAAAGCGAUACUGUUAGGCCCAUAGAAAGUACACCAGUGUCGAGCUCUUCUAUAGAUAGUGAUCACAAGUCGAGCAUUCCAGUGGAAUACAACUUUCCGGUUGCACAAAACUCUGUGGUUCUUGGUGCACAGUCUAUUAGUCCGUCACUUCAGGCAGCAGUCGGUAAUGCUCCCUCUUUGGUGCAAACCUAUAGUGCCCCUGCCAUCUCCCCUCCCUCACAGCUGUACAGCGUCCAGGCACCAAGCCAUGACACCCCCAGCCAGGCAUUCUACGGUCAAGACGGGCGUAAUGUUGUUAAUAAUGAGGAAAGUUCAAGUGACUUGAGUCAGACGAUUGCAAAUAUUCUUUAUCAGCUAACUGGCGGUGCUGUAAAUUCUCUGAACGAGGCUGGUGUACCGAAUCCCCCUUCAGUGCGCGUAGGAAAAUUUCACUUUUUCACGGCUACUGAUCCCCAAGACGAGAAACCUUUUCUUCGUAACUUCCGCCGGCCAGUCAUACUACAACCCCACGAAGAAACUCACGCCUUCCUCGCCGUCUCCCCGGGCAACAUUAAAAUUACCGGCACUGAACACUUAUUGCUCAAUGCUAAGAUUCCCGGUAACGAACCAGCCCAGUUCGGCACCCAGAUUCCUGGUACCGGACCCUCCCAGUUUGACGGCCAGAUUCCUGGUACUGGACCAUUCCAGCUCGGCGUCCAAAUUCCUGAUACCGGACCAUCCCAGUUCGACGGCCAGAUUCCUGGUACCGGACCCUCCCAGUUCGGCGUCCAAAUCUCUGGUACCGGACCAUCCCAGAUUGACGCCCAGAUUCCGGGUACAGGACCCUCCCAGUUCGACGCUCAGAUUCCUGGUACCGGACCCUCCCAGUUCGACGCUCAGAUUCCUGGUACCGGACCAUCCCAGUUCGGCAUCCAAAUUCCUGGUACCGGUCCAUCUCAGUUAGACGGCCAGAUUCCUGGUAUCGGACCAUCCCAGUUCGACGGCCAGAUUCCUGGUACCGGACCCUCCCAGUUUGACGGCCAGAUUCCUGGUACCGGACCCUCCCAGUUCGGCGUCCAAAUCUCUGGUACUGGACCAUCCCAGAUUGACGCCCAGAUUCCGGGUACCGGACCAUCCCAGUUCGGCAUCCAAAUUCCUGGUACCGGUCCAUCUCAGUUAGACGGCCAGAUUCCUGGUAUUGGACCAUCCCAGUUCGAGGGCCAGAUUCCUGGUACCGGGCCCUCCCAGUUUGACGGCCAGAUUCCUGGUACUGGACCAUUCCAGCUCGGCGUCCAAAUUCCUGAUACCGGACCAUCCCAGUUCGACGGCCAGAUUCCUGGUACCGGACCCUCCCAGUUCGGCGUCCAAAUCUCUGGUACCGGACCAUCCCAGAUUGACGCCCAGAUUCCGGGUACCGGACCCUCACAGAUCGAAGGCCAGAUUCCUGGUACCGGACCAUCCCAGUUCGGCGUCCAAAUUCCUGGUACCGGACCCUUCCAGUUCGGCGUCCAAAUUCCUGGUACCGGACCAUCCCAGUUCGGCGUCCAAAUUCCUGGUACCGGACCCUCCCAGUUCGACGCUCAGAUUCCUGGUACCGGACCCUCCCAGUUCGACGCUCAGAUUCCUGGUACCGGACCCUCCCAGUUCGGCAUCCAAAUUCCUGGUACCGGUCCAUCUCAGUUCGAUGGCCAGAUUCCUGGUAUCGGACCAUCCCAGUUCGACGGCCAGAUUCCUGGUACCGGACCCUCCCAGUUCGACGCUCAGAUUCCUGGUACCGGACCCUCCCAGUUCGACGCUCAGAUUCCUGGUACCGGACCUUCCCGGUUCGACGCUCAGAUUCCUGGUACUGGACCCUCCCGGUUCGAUGCUCAGAUUCCUGGUACCGGACCCUCCCACCUCGAGGCCCAACUCCCCAGCACCUUCCACUCCCCCGAUGCACAAACAGAGAGCAUUCCUGCUGAGAGUGACGAGAUUAUCGACAUCGUGGAUCAACGGCUUCUGGAUGACAAUUUACCCCUCUCCAUUGAGGACCAAGACGAAGAACCACACGAAGACGAGGAUAAAGGACUUGGCUCAAAUGAAAGCGUUACACCACGACCCGGGAGCUCUGGUACACUUAUUACAUUCAACACAGCCAACAACGUUGGCCCUAAUAUUGGCCUUGCUCUCCAGACCGGCCCUACUGCUCAAAACUUUGGACUUACUAUUCGUAGUUUUGAUCCUGCUACCCAGACUGGCCACACUGUUCAAGCUCUUGAUCCGGAUGUUCGAACCAAUCCUGUCGUUCAUACGUUUAACCCAGCUCUCCAAACUGGUCCAAGUGUUCAGAUUUUUGGUCCUACUGUCGGAACCGGUUCUGUUGCUCAAACUGCUGUUUCUGCUAUUGAAACCCUGGGUCAUACUUCCCAAAGUGGUCCUGAUGUUGAAGCCUUUGAUUUAGCUGUCCAGGCUGAGUCCAGGCAGAGUCCUGGCACCCAGAGUGGUCAUGCUCUUCAAUCUGCUGAAACAUUCAGUCCUCACACUAGCUCUACCGCUCAAACUAGCUCUGUUGCUGAAACCUUUGGUCCUCCUUCACAGACUGGUCCUAUUGCUCAAACGUUUGGCCCUGCUAGUCAUGUUCCCAUUGCAACUCCGGCUAUAGGGACUGUCCCGUCCUUUGGUAUCACUAGCACACCAUUAACAUCUGGCACUCCUCGCCCGCAGGAACGAACUAGUGCACUGUCUCGAACGUUUACAAAUGUUGCUGGUCCAUUUGUGACCCCAGAUCCUUCCCUCACUUUCAGGGGUGAAAUCGGCAUUGGCAAUGUCAAUCCUCAGUCACUGGAACCAAUCUUUUUAACACAAGGUGGUGCAGCACCUGUUAAUAACGUAGGAUUUGGUGGCUUUCAGACAUCCGGCGUAUCACUUGCCCACACUAAUCCACAGCUAAAUUUCCAGAGCCCCAGUGCCGCACAUGGAUCCAUCUCCACAGUUAAACCGUCCAGUGCAGCAGCACAUGGACUCGUCUCUACAGCUAAACAAUUCAAUACAGCACAUGAACCCAUUUCCGCAGCUAAACAGUCCAUUACAACACAUGGAACCAUCUCCACAGCUAAACAGUCCAGUACAGUACACAGACCCGCCUCCACAGCUAAACAGUCCACUUCAGUUCAAUCCAGUGAGGACAAGUUAUCCAGCGAGGUCAAGUCUCUGAAGGGAGGUUCCGAUGUAGCUUGAAGGACCCCACUUCCUCAGAUGACAUUAGUCAUCGAGCUACAACAAUCCCCUAACAACUUAAUGACCUUUCAGCGACAAGAAUGCUUAGAGACCAAUUGGUCUGAUGUCGAGGGUCGCUCACUCACCUAGUCUCUUGGCCCGCCCUACGCUGGCCUCUUCAGGAAUCCAUGUUUGCGUCCUGUGUACGUCCAAGUCUUAGUUACAAUAGCACUUUUACAAUACCGUCACGUGUCCAUACUCUUAAACCUUAUCUUGACGUUUGGGUGCUUUAAUAUUAACUACACCGCUUGUGAAAACAUUUACCGAGUCGUAAUACAAUAGUAUAUUCAAACAUAAUAUCAAGUGGUUUUCUUCACUGUGUUUCUCCCAGCAUCAGUAUUCUUUUCGUGGAAGAAAUGUUUAAAUAAUAAAGUUGCAUAUUUGACAACUAUGAAACAAAAACAGGCAUGCCCCGCUUAUACAGCAGGUUAGGUUCUGGGCUAAUAAUGUAAAGCAAAAAUCACUGUGAAGUGAAUUAGUCUCUUUUCGCUUUCAAACGCAUAAAGCCUGAUAACAUGUUAACACUAUAAUAAGUGAGCGAUUGAGCUAGGCCUAAAAAUGAAUAGAGUACACACACAUUUUCCUCCUUAGCUUAUAGUGAGUGAUGAAUAUAUUUAUUGUAGGAAGGCUGAAUAAAUGAAUGGGUAUAAUAGAAAGCGCUGUAUUAGCGAAACAUUGUAAAGCGGGACCUGGCUGUAGUAGAAAAUUGAGAUAUGCUAUUGUUCUUAAAUAAUAAUGCAUUUUAAGUAUAUAAUAAUCACAUGUUGUCUACGCUUCUCAUAAAUACCCUUUUCCUGGCCCCUUGUGCCCGAAGCCGUCAGCGAAACUUCUCAACACUGCUCCUCUCCUCGGAGCCGUCAGCGAUUACUAUGGAAACUCUUCUCAAAAGAACAGUUUUUUCUUGCCUCUGCUCGAAGCAGUUAAUAACUGACGCCCAGAGAGCCAUUAACCAUGUUAUGUACUCUUAGAUUAGUAUUUGUAUUUAUUUUGUUAUAAAAUAUGCUUAAAA